CAACGGACGGAUAUCAUUGAGCGGUCCCUUAAGCUGCACUUGAAUUUCGGCCAGAAGCAUCCAUCGCUAUCGUCCUUUCUCCAGUUUUGUUCGCUCAUCAAUUCCGUUUCUUUUCGAUAUUUUCCUUUACGUCUUCGAUCUCUUUCCACCCGAACAUAAUAAGCUUCAUCUAUUGUGGUCUCUGAGAGAGAUCGCAACCCUUUCAUCAUGGUCCAGAUUAGCGAAGUAAAGGGCAAUUCGCGCGAGAACAGGACCGCUGCGCACACGCAUAUCAAGGGUCUUGGAUUACGUCCUGAUGGCACUCCAGAGCCUACCAGUGACGGUUUUGUUGGGCAGGCAACCGCCCGUGAGGCCUGCGGUGUCAUUGUCGAUCUGAUUAAAGCAAAGAAGAUGGCGGGACGUGCUGUUCUACUUGCCGGUGGACCUGGAACUGGAAAGACAGCCCUUGCCCUUGCCGUAUCACAGGAACUGGGUACCAAGGUCCCAUUUUGCCCGAUCGUUGGCAGUGAAGUCUACUCUGCGGAGGUUAAGAAAACCGAGGCCCUUAUGGAGAACUUCCGGAGAGCAAUUGGUCUCCGUGUGCGUGAAACGAAGGAAGUGUACGAAGGUGAAGUCACCGAGCUUACGCCCGAGGAAACUGAGAACCCUUUGGGAGGCUAUGGACGCACUAUCAGUCAUUUGAUUAUCGGAUUGAAGUCUGCAAAGGGCACCAAGAAGCUGCGCCUUGAUCCCAGCAUUUAUGAAGCUAUCCAGAAGGAACGAGUCACUGUUGGGGAUGUUAUCUACAUCGAAGCGAACACCGGUGCUUGCAAGAGAGUUGGACGAUCUGAUGCCUAUGCAACCGAGUUCGAUCUUGAAGCGGAAGAAUACGUUCCUGUUCCUAAAGGGGAGGUUCACAAGAAGAAGGAAAUCGUACAGGAUGUGACGCUACACGACCUGGACAUGGCCAACGCUCGCCCACAAGGCGGACAGGACGUGAUGAGCAUGAUGGGACAACUUAUGAAGCCUAAGAAAACCGAGAUUACGGAUAAGCUGCGUCAGGAGAUCGACAAGGUAGUCAGCCGCUACAUCGACCAAGGAGUUGCUGAGCUGGUUCCUGGUGUUCUCUUUAUUGAUGAGGUCCACAUGUUGGAUAUUGAAUGUUUCACCUACCUGAACCGGGCACUCGAAUCCACAAUUUCCCCCAUUGUCAUCCUUGCCUCCAACCGCGGGCACACUGAAAUCCGCGGCUCCGACGGUAUCACUGCCGCACACGGAAUUCCUUCUGAUCUUCUCGCUCGCCUCCUCAUCAUCCCCACUCACCCUUACUCCCCCGAAGAGAUCAAGACUAUCAUUCGACUUCGUGCCAAGACAGAAGGCCUCAAUAUCACCGACCCCGCCCUUGACAAGAUCUCCGAGCACGGCAGUAACGUCAGCUUGCGGUACGCUCUGCAAUUACUGACCCCAGCAAGCAUCCUUGCACGGGUCAACGGACGUCCCGGAGGCAUCGAGGAGGCCGACGUGGCAGAAUGCGAAGACCUCUUCCUUGACGCGAAGAGAAGCGCGACGAUUGUCAGCCAGGAUAGCGAGAAAUUCCUUUAAAUGGCGUUUUGUGGAAAUGCGGCAGAUCUCUCUUGACCUAAUGCUUACUGGACUGAGAAAGGGUUCCAAAGAAUAAAAGAAAAUGAACAAUAUGUAUACCAUGUCUGAUGUAUCUUGUACUGGCCAGGCGAAUGAUCCAUCAUAGUCGUUUUACGUUAAUGUCAAACUAGUCUUACGUUUUCACUGAUUUGAUUUCCUACUAUAGAAUCCAGUUCUAUAGAGCUGUCUACCACCAAACCUGCUACCACCAAACCUGCGACUCAGGGUUUAUUCCCGCCCAGCACCCACUCGAACUUAGCCCCAAUUCUGGACACUGGGAACCCAAGCGCCCCCAACAGG